UUCUUUUAGCAGUAUAAUAAUCUUAACCAAAUUAUAAGACGUCAGGUGAGAGAGAUGAACAAAAACUCGCAUUUUUUAUGUUAAGGUUUAUCUUUUUAACCUCCCCAGCCAAGCUAUGAUUUUUCCUAGCUGAACCUCUUCAUGUAAAUCCUUCAGAUCUUCAUAGUGACCACAACUUAGCAGCUCAUUUAGGGUAAACGCCCAAUUUGCUAAUCGUUGUCUUGUUAGAGGUGACUAAAUUCUCGAGAUGCAGCCAAGUCUUCCCAAAUUUACCAUCAAGCUAAAAAGAGAGCAAAAAGUUGUUGAGGCUAUGACAUCUGCCAAAACUCACCGAGAUUGCAAGAUAGGGGAACAGAUCAACAUCAUUGCCCCAAAUUUUAGUGGUGAGCAGGAAAGCAAUCUUGAUAGACGUGCACAAGACACUUCAACUGAAGAAAAAAAGGAUGAUUGCUCAGAUGACGAUCAUCAAGAUUGCAAUAAUGCUCAGAAUCAGCUUGUUGUUUAUAAUCCUGCUGAUGCCGACUCUGAUGACAUUGGAUCUCAAUCUUCCCGAACAUACUCCUUACAGAACCAGGCUUACAAAAUUUCACCAUCUGUGGGAGCUUUUACUGUCCAAUGUUCAAUCUGUUUCAAAUGGAGGUUUCUUCCGUCAAAGGAGAAAUAUGAGGAAAUUCGUGAACACAUUACGGAGCAGCCUUUUGUAUGUGAAGCAGCUCGUGAAUGGCGUCCUGAGAUAUCAUGUAAUGAUGAGCCUGAUAUUAGACAAGACGGAAGCAGGCUAUGGGCGAUUGACAGGCCUAAUAUUGCUCAACCCCCUCGUGGAUGGGAGCGGCUGUUAAGGAUUAGGGGUUUUGGAGGAAGCAGAUUUGCAGACGUGUAUUAUAUUUCACCAUCAGGCAAGAAACUGCGGUCCACGGUUGAAAUUCAAAGGUACUUGCUUCAACAUCCCGAUGAGGCGGAAGGAGUUGCCUUAUCUCGAUUUUCUUUCCAAACCCCAAAGCCUUUGCAGAAAAACUUUGUGAAAAAACGUACGGACCAUGUAGCUUCUCCUGAUGGGAGAGUUAAUGGGACGCUUGAAUCUUCUCAAGGGAGUCCCAUGUCAUGGACACGUCCAGAAGCAAAUGCAGAGUUGCAGCUCGAAAUGGUAAAUUACACUGCUCCUGUUGUUGAACCGACAGAUCAUCGGACUGCUCCUUGUCAGGACCCUUUUCUUAAAGCCAUAGAUCGACCAACCAAGAGAUCGAAGCAACCAAGUGGUCAUAUGUACAAUGCUGGUUGCACGUAUGGAAACUUACAAAAAUAUGAAGGUCAAAAGUCAAGUUUAGCUUUUUUCUCAAAAGGCUGGCUGGCAUGAAGCUUGAUCUUAGUGAAAGUAUGAUCAAGCAGCUUACCCUUCUCGGAAUUGGCCACCAUAAUUGGUUCUACCCAAUUGGAAAACUGUUUGGGAACCCAAGGCAGCUUGUUCAAGAGAAGGGGUUUCCAGAACUCCUCGUGAUUGGUGCUUUUUAGAUCAUUACCUCCUGGAAGUCAGAGUGCGGAUACAUUUCUAGCACUGAAAGACGUGGGACGACAUCAUAUUGCAGGUAUACUACUAAUGCUGGAAAUUGUUAUUGGUUUUUUUUUCUUGCAGUACUAUUAAUACUUGUAGUUUAGCCGUAGUAAGUUAUCUUGUUCUAAAGGAUCAGCACAAGGGAAAAUUUCUGGUCUAACAAACAUAUCAUCACAUCCUAGUUGCAUCAUUAACGCAGCAUCUGUUGGAGUCACAAUGCCUCCAGUAGCAGCAUGCACAACAGGAAACCUUCCCCAUUUGCCUAGUCUGGGCUUACUAUGCAUUAGAAUCUCCAAUUUCCUUGAAAAGUGUGAAAAACUUUAUCUUCAUCCAUAUCGAUAAAAAUUAAAACCUAUGUUACUUGAACUCAUCUCCGUCCUAUUUUUGGACAUGGGCAUCGGGAAUGGUAACGAUGCACUAAUAAACAAGUAGGGUAAAAAUUAUUCAUUAAAAUCAUAUAACCAAAAAACUCACAUCUAACAUGUAUUAUGAGAGACUUUGCGAUUUAGGUGUUUUAAGGUUUUCUCAUCCCAUCUUCUCAUCCUUCUCUUUUGCAUCCUAAUUAGCACUUAGCAGCAAUGUCGAUGCUGUUGUUUUAUGCAGUUAUGGAUUAAAGUGUGAUAAUUUUUGUAAAUACAAGCCUGAUUAUUUCCCUAUUAUAUGUGAAGUUAUUAUAACAAAUGCUUUCAAAUUAAAAACCAUAUAGUUUUCUGGUUAAAAAAUGAUUUACAUUUAUAAAUAUAUCAUCUGAGCCUAGAGAACAGAGGGAAGUUAUUUUUAUUAUAGGUUAAAGUGACUAGUGUUCACCAAAUCUGGUAGAUGAAGAAUGAAAAUAUAGACUUUGCAGACUUGUAAUCUAGUACAAUUGAUGGAAUUGUGAUACUUUCGAUGAAUUUACACUUGUUAAUCAGGAUUAGUCUGUCAUGUGUAUGUCAGUAUGUGGCUGUUUAGGUUUGCUUAUUUGGAAAAGACAAGCACAAUUCUCCCGCAUAAAAAGUACCUAGUUGUGUUGUGUACAUGUGCCUGUUAGGUUUAGCUUAAUUUGAUAAAAUUUGCACUUGUCUUUUAUCAAAUUAAUAUAUUUUUGACUAUUUUUUUUUACUCCAAAUUCAUUUGUUUUGAUAAAUAAAUUUUAUAAUGGAGUAUCAAUCAUCAGGUGUAGAAUAUCUUAUUGGUAUCAUAGUAUGUAAGCAAUUAAAAAGUGCUUCUACUUAUUUACACAAACGGUUCAAGAAAAGCAGAAGCCAGAAGCAACUCCGACUUCUGCUAACCAAACAGGCACAUAGUAAAGUUCUGUUAAGACCACUUUUUAUCGGAGACCUCGGAGAACAUGCAUGUUUUGCAAAUAAAACAUUGCAAAACUUAUAAUUUUGCAAAUCAUAUUCAAUGAAAAUCAUUUUUUAAUUAAAAAUCUUGAAAAAUCAUACUCCUUCAGUUCCACCCAAAUGAUUAUAUUUGGGUGGGGCAUAGAGAUUAAGAAAAUAUGUAAAGUAAGAGUAUGAAAGAAAGAAAAGUGAGGAUAGUGAUGAAACCAUUUGAUAUUUAAUACAUAAAGUAAGGAUAGUGGUGAAAAGUAGUGGGGGUAGUUGAUUUUUAUAUUAUAAAAUUUUACUAUACUUAAUAAAUUUUGAAAUAUAGAAUGGAUGGGACAUCCCAAAAAGGAAAGUGUAAAUAAAUGGUUGAGACGGAGGGAGUAUAUGUAUUGCGAGGAAGACAUUGCAAGACUGGACAUUGCAAAACAUAGGUUGUGCAAAAGAAUGUCUGGCUUGCAAAACGUACAUUAUUUUUUGGAUUUUCAAUGAAAUAGCACUAUUCAAAUAACAUACUUUAUAAAAUAUAAUGUUGUUAAUGUUUUGGUGCAGAACAUGCAUCGUUUCCGAGGAUUCUGAUAAAAAGUGAUUUUGGAGGUCUCCGAUAAAAAGUGGUCUUCAUAGAACUUUACUCUCUAUAUCACAAACCUCCUUAAAAUACAAUAUAAAAACUAAAAAAAAUCUUAAAAUUAUAUUUAAAUAUAGCAAAAAUUGUAUUUAAAUCGUUAGGAGAUGUAGAAUAAUUAUAGUGAAGUCAGAUUGACAUGAAAAUUCAAAUUAAAAAUGGAGGGGAUUAUGUGGGAUCAUGUGUGGGAGGAUGAAUUUUAAUUGUGUGUGGUGACUUCUAGAAGGCUUGUAGUUUGUACAGUAAUUUGGUUAACUACACAACUAAAAACCUUCUUAAAAUAAAAACUAAAAUAAAAAAAAUUCUGAAUCACAUCGAAAUAGCACAUAUGAUAUGCAACUGAAAGUUGGGAGAUGAAUAAAAAUACCAUUAAGUCAGAUUUCUAAAAAACUCACCGUUGACGAGAAAAAUCAAAAUAGAAACGGAUGAGAUUAUGUGGGUUAUGUGUGGGAGAGCGUAUUUUAAUUGUGUGGAGCGUAUUUUAAUUGUGUGGUGACUUCUAGGGGCCAUUAGAUUAGAUUCGUCCAAGGGCUUGGAUUAAAUUUAUUUAAAGGCUUAGAAUAAGUUUGUACAAUAAUUUGGUUUGUAUUUGAGCAAUUGCUUAUAUAUAUAUAUUUGGUUUUUAAUGUUCUUGGUCACCAAGAGGACUGAAAUUCAGAAAGAAAAAAAAAACGAACUGGGCCUGAAUUGUGAAAGCCCUGAACCAGGACCGAAAUUUGGGUUCGCUUCUCGGUGAAUUGGGAAAUUCUAAUAUGGUCAAUUGAUGGAAUGAUUAUUCUUCUGUUUCCGAACAGGAUUUUUUUAUCGAUACAACCCUUCUGUUUCAACAACUCCCCAAGUUGUGAUCCCCCCGCCCCGCCCCUCCCCUCCCCUCCAAAAGGUGAUUUUAGUAAUUACCAAGUAUAAGUUAUUGUCCAGCAGUAUCUCGACCCAAUAUUAGGCAUCUUGCCCGGUGGAAAAGCUACAUCUAGUUCCGAACCAGCGAUUUGGUUGAUAUCCAGUGUUGUUUUUCAAGCGUGGAAGUCACCUAAUUAGAAGUUGUCAAAAUUUUAUAGCGAUCAGAGCUAACCACAAGGUUAUUAGGGUACUUAAGAUGGAUCCUGAAAUAAAUCUGCAAGAUCUUCACCCAAAAAAGAGAUGGAGGAGUGAGUUGUAUGCUCAAUUUGUUCUUGCCUGGCAGAACAAUAAUCAGUUACCUGCUGAAGGCACUCCAGAAAAAAAUGUUAAUAGCUUGGAUGACAAUCAUCAGCUGGCUGUUUAUACUCCUGCUGACGCUUCUGCUUCUGAUGGAACUGUUACUCAACCUCCACAGAACCAGGCCGGUCGGAUUGCGCCAUCUGUGGAAGCUUACACUGUCCAGUGUUCACUCUGUUAUAAGUGGAGGCUUAUUCCUUCGAAGGAGAAAUUCGAGGAAAUCCGUGAACACUUAAUAGAGCAGCCUUUUGUAUGCAGAGCACUUUAUCAGUGGCGUCCUCAGAUAUCUUGCACUGUUAAAACUGAUCUUCAACCAGAUGGUAGCAAGUUAUGGGCAAUUGAAACGCCCAACAUUCCUCGACCCCCUCCUAGGUGGAAGCGCAUUUUGAAGAUCAGGGCUUCCCAAGGAACCAGAUUUGCAGAUGUGUAUUAUUAUACACCAUCGAACAAGAGACUGCGGUCCACAACUGAAGUUCAAAGGUAUUUGCGUGAACAUCCCAAUGAGGCGGAUGGAGUUGACUUGGGCCAAUUUUCUUUUAAAAUCCCACUGUUGGUGAAGGAGAAGUCCUUGGAAGAACAUACCACCCGUGUUUUACAAGACGGUCGCAAACGCCGCAGGAUGCCUUGAAAUGGAGGAAGAAAGGAGUGAUCUGUAUCCAAUCUGGAUAUGAAUAUUGAAAUGGGCUACAUAGAGUUGGUACUUUAGUCGUGUGACAUUUGAGUGAUUGUUGAAGACUUGGCAACUGCUUUUGAUGUAAUGACAUGUAAACUGUUAGUCUCCUUGUGAAUUCAAGAGUAGAGCCAUUUUCAUUUUAUCCAAUCGACUUUCUAGUUAGUAAUUACUAUAAUUUUGUAUAAUAGAAUAUACAGAUAUAAAACCAUUUCUUUACAUAAAAUGCUAUGGGCGUCAUGUGUUUUGUGAGAGGA